UCUCUUCAAUCGACCUUCUCGAAUACCUUCCACCUGCGCGACUUCGUCGACACCGUCACAGACGACCCGAGUCGGGAAAACGCAUCCAACUACGUGGAAAUACAGACCGAUGCCAACAUCUUUGAGGAGAGUAGCUUCUACAGUCCUAAUGUCAACGUCGAGCCCAUUCGUACUCGCAUCCAUGCUUAUCUCACACGAGAAGAAAGGGACCUCUAUGUGCCAAACGCCUUCUUCUAUGCCGAUGGUCGCUUCUCUACUACCUUGUCUACCGACGGGCCCUUGGAAAUCAGUGUCCAAGCCCUCAGCUUGAUGAGACACCCGGGAGACGUGUCUGACUUUGACGAGUAUCGACAACACCUGCCAGAACAGUGGUGUCCGAUGGUGACCAUCAUCGGCUUCGUGCCACCUCGUAGCGACAAGACUCCUGACCUUUCAGAGGACCGCUGUUUCGCUGUCGAAACAUCAGUCUACGACACCUCAAAGGCAGUUCCAGUUGCGUUCUCUGUCGCCUGUUUCUUAGAAAACACCAAGCGUUGGCAAAGAGUCAAAAUACCGCCGUCGGGAGCCUUUCUCAGCAUCACUGCCAAAGUCGCUGGUCACACCAUUGACACUAAUCAGCUGGCCCUCCGUGUCCUUGACUUGGCCUACCUGCCGAGACCUGCUGCUGUCCCCAUGGCCACGCCGACGCCAUCCUCCACACCGACUUCGAAGCGGUCCGAACGCUGGGUAGGUCGGGCCCCUCCGUCCACUCCUUCUAAAAGGCAACGAGGCUCUGAGGAUGCCAGCGCUGUAGGGUCUUCCUACAAGAAACAGCUUCUGCAGCCCACAGAAGGCCGGUCUCAUGUAUCGAUUUCAGAAGAUAGCCCAGAUUCUCCGGCUAAUUCCCCCUCUCAUUCCUCCUCUCCGUCGACCAUGGCCAACACUGGCGAGUCAAGUAUCACUUUACAUCCUUUCCCAGGCUCAGACCGCGAGACUAGGCCGCAUCGCAAUCGCCAUCCCCCAAAGAAGUAUCCUCAUAAAGAGUAAAAAGUUGCGUUUGUGCUCAAGUCCUCAAGUCCUCAUGCAUUUCCUACGACUCAAGCGGUAACCUAACUAUGUACUUUU